CAACCCUACAAGAAGCAAAGAUACAGACAAAGCCAAAUGGGAAACAGGAUCAUGCUUGUAACGCUCUCUGAACAGGGAAAUAUACCCGGUAGGGACUAGAGAUUCUAGGAGGGAAAGGGAACUGGGGUGAAAUUACGGAAGGAAGCUGGCAGGUUCAGUGUUUCUUUGUUGGCUUGACCAGUCUCUCUUCAUCCUCUUCCUGGUUGUCGGGCUGGAUGCCACGGCAUUUCUCCAUGAAUAAAAAGAGGUGAAGCUGUGUGGUGUCUCCAUUUCAGGAUCUUGGAGGCAGCCAAAAUGAUGUCCUUGGUCUCUCUGCUCCUGGUGGGCAUCCUGUUCCCUACCAUCCAGGCCAAACAAUUUACAAAAUGUAAGCUGUCCGACGAGCUGAAAGGCAUGAACGGCCACGGAGGCAUCACUCUGGCUGAAUGGAUCUGUAUCAUAUUUCACAUGAGCGGUUAUGACACAGAAACUGUAGUUUCUAACAAUGGCAACAGAGAAUAUGGACUCUUCCAGAUCAACAAUAAAGUUUGGUGCAUAGACAAUGAGAACCUUCAGUCAAGGAACAUCUGUGAUAUCUCCUGUGACAAGUUCCUGGAUGAUGACCUCACUGAUGACAUAAUGUGUGCCAAGAAGAUCCUGGAUAAGGAAGGAAUUGACUACUGGUUGGCCCAUAAACCACUCUGUUCUGAGAAGCUGGAGCAGUGGCAAUGUGAGAAGUGGUGAAUGCCUGCUGUCUUUGCUGCUUCCGCCCUCUCUGUCCUCCUAGAGCGCCUCUUCCCUCAGGCUACCACAUUUUGCUUCUUUCUAACCCCUUGAAGCUAGUUUGUCUCUGAGCCCUGGGCCCUGUAGUGACACCACUGGACACGAGGACUAUUCUCCAGGGAUGUGUGACUGGUGUACUGGACUUCUGCUCAGCACCCCUGAUAGUGUUUUUGCUACAACGAUGGAUUCCACAUCUGUCCUGA